CCUCUCACAAUCCCAAAUUCACCAAAAACACCCCCUUCCCCCUAAUAUAAAUCUCCCCUCUUCGCAUUAAAGUUUCAAGAUAUAACGUAAAAGAAAAAAGAAACUUCCCACUGCUGUUAAAACAGAGUCCAGCAAUGGCUGCCUCUUUAUCCCUCUCUUUCCCCGACCAAAUAAGCCUCCUCGACAAGCUCCAGCUCUUCAGAGUUCAAGGCCGCGAUAAGCGCGGCAACAAAGUGCUCCGCGUCAUCGGGAAAUACUUACCCGGUAAAGUUAAUUCCGCUUUCGGUAACCAAAUUCUUACUCUGUUUCUUCAGUUCACUGACCUUAAGCUUUUUUGCUCUGUCCUUCAAAAUUUUAUUUUUUUGGGGUAUGUGGCGAAUUCAGCUCGGAUGGUGAGCUGUGAAGCGGUGAAGAAGCAUUUGGAGGACUCUGUUUUCCCCAAGCUAGGCGAGAAGCCGUUCUCCGUAGUGUAUUUCCACGCCGGAGUUCAGCGGGGCGAGAAUUUCCCCGGAAUCUCUGCCCUCCGGUCGUUCUACGACGCCGUGCCGGACCCACUGAAGGAGAAUCUGCAGGCGGUGUACUUCGUGCACCCGGGGCUCCAAGCCAGGAUCUUCCUCGGCACCUUCGGCCGCUUCAUUUUCACCGGCGGAUUGUACGGGAAGGUGAAGUACGUGAGCAGGCUGGAGUUCAUGUGGGAGUAUGUGAGGAAAGGGGAGAUGGAGGUGCCGGAGUUCGUCAAGGAUCACGAAGAAGAAUUGGAGUAUCGGCCGCUGACGACGCUGGAUUACGGCAUGGAGAGCGAUUUCCCCAGGCCGUACUGCGCCGGAGCGAACAUGGACAAUCCCAUGGCUUUGUAUUCCAUGCGCUGCAUUUCCUAGUGUUCAACUGUUCAUGUACUGAAGGUCUAGAACGGCCAUUGUGUACAUAUAAAAAAAAGCUUGGGUGUUAGGCAAAGAGGUUUGCUUGUAAGAAAAGUGUCGGAGGCUUUUUCUGUAACUUAAAACCAGUGUCCAUGAAAUCGUACCGUACCGGCGGUUCAACCAUGAAAUACCAGUAUCGGAGGCUAAACCGAUAGACGGUAUUUACCGAUAUAACGGUUGAACUACGAUUAAAUCACGGUCUUACCAUAAAAUACUCUAUCACUGACUUU